AUGGACAUUAAAGCAGAGUCGAAGAUAAUUGAAGAAAGCACGGGGAAUAGUGAUAAUAGCGGUAUAACCUCAAAUAACGAGGACAUUCAACACGAAAAUAUUGAAGAAACCACAAUUAGUGUACAACUUCAUGAAGAACCUCCUCUCAGUAUAAUAAGCAACACGACCCAGCAGGUCUCUGAAUUACCUAUAAUAUCGACCAAUUUAAAUAUUACCGCCGCGUCAAAAAUCACCUCGGGCGCCGCUGUUCCGAUGUCUACCAUUGGAAGUAAUGUCGCAGCACACCAUAAGUCAGAUUCACGUCACCUGAGAACAUACUCUGAUGUAGAUACCAUGAAACUUGCCAACCGUCCACGUGAACCUCGUAGAUCUGCACCUGUCCCAUUCAGACCAACUACAGAAUUUGAUGUACAAAAAAAACCGCGACCAAUUUCAAAUAUUAUUUUACCAACUUCAAUGAAGGGAACUGGUUCUAUCAUAUCUCCAAAUUCUGAACAAGAAAUUCAUACAAAGAUAUUAAAUUGGCCAACACAAAAUUAUGAUGAUAAAUUACAAUCACAAAAAACUUUUGUUGGUUUGAAGGCAAAGGACAAUUUAGUAGAUGAUGGCGAGAUAAUAUUUGAUACUACGCCAUCGGAUCAAAUAGGCGACAUUCCGCAACCUUCCUCCUCCUUAGCUCAACAGUCUAUUUUCUACAUUCCUCAGGGUCGCUUAUCGAUGACCGCGGCAAUGCACAAAGUGACAAAUCCGUCACGCGCACCCGAGGUACCUCCACUCAUUCCAAUAACUUAUGGUACUGAAAUAUUUGAUCAAAUUCAAUCGGAUGAUGAUCCAAGACUUAUAGUCUGGUCAAUAUCAAGAGCUGAAGAAAGAAAACAAGGAUCAACCGUCUCCUCUGUAACAAAUGUUUCUUCUUCGAAAAGAUGGAGUAUACAUGGAACAUUGGGGAGAGCGGGCAAAACAAUAUGUGGUGCUGGGUUAAAAGACAAAAAGGAUUAUAGGUUUGAACAAAAACCAUCAGGUAAUAGAAAAUCUAAUCCAACGACGGAAAAGGUGAUAAUGGCUGCAACAAUUGAAAAAUUGAUUGAGAAAUUAACAAGUGGAAUUGACUAUACUUUUUUGACGGAUUUUUUUCUUACAUAUCGGACAUUUAUAACUCCAUUACAAUUAUGUAAUUUACUAAUCUUGAGAUUUGAUUGGGCAUUAGAGGACAAUAAUGAACAAAGAAGAGUAGUAAGGGUCAGAACCUUUGUGACUCUACGACAUUGGCUUCUUAAUUAUUUUGCGUAUGAUUUCGUUCCAUGUCGUGCUUUGAGAUCUAAGCUUAUAUCUUAUCUAAAUUAUUUACCUUCACAUCCUCUGGUUCAAAAUUCGCCUCAUGAUCAACGAAUAGUGCAUGGGUUAAAAAGGGUAAUUAGAAGAUUAAAAAGAAUCUAUUACCGGAAAGGUAUUAUGGGAAUUUUAAAAAGUGGAACCGGUAGAAAGAGUAUCAAGGAAUUAAAAGAAAUGGCGGAAGCUAAUGAUUCAACAAAUAAAGGACAACAUCAACAUUCUGAACAAUAUUUGGACGAUGAUGUAAUAUCAUCUGAACAUAGUGGUACCGGUGUGGAUACUAAUACUACCUUACCAUCUAAGGAUAAAUCAAGAAAGAUGAUAGUGCGCGGCUCAACGUCUACAUUAGGCUCAAUAUUAACUCCGGGAACAACUGAUUCUGAGGGUGAAGAAUUUGAUACACUUGGUCAUCACUUUUCUUCUCGUUCAAGAAUUUCACGACCCGCAGUAUCCCGUCAAAGUUUCGAGUUCUCAAGUAGUAAUUCACAACAUAGUGAUGAUGAUUAUUCUUUGAAACGUACAUAUGAAAAUCCGAUCUCGAUUUUUUAUAACGAGAAAUGGGCAAGGUCUUUACCCACAGUAACGAGUGAAAUUGAUAGUAAUUGGGAACAAGGCGUGAACAUUGAAAAGGUUCAUGAAUUCGAUCUUCCUAUAAAACAAAGAGAAGAAAUUGUGAAUGUUAAAAAAAAGUUAAGGAGCAGUUCUAUGAAUGAUCUAUCUCAAGAAAGAAAGGGAUUUAAUAAUACUUGGGAACAUAAUUUAAGAGAUGAUGACGUAAUAGUGGAGGAAGAAGAGCCACCACCCCUUCCACCAAGGAAACCUAGGAGACAUACGAUUACUUCUGCUCAACCGAUACCAACCAUUCAACCACCACCUUCAUUCUUUAAAGGUGGAUUUUUUCCGACAAGAAAGCCAAAAAAAGUUGUUUCUCAAGAAACCAUGAGUGAAAAAUUUCAAGAUCGUACUCGUAAAAAAAGAAGUUUAUCGCUUUCUGAAGCAAUUUUUGCUAGAAGAAAUUCUUCCCCUGCAUAUAUUGAAUCACCUUCACUUCGGUCUGAUCAACAGGAAAAAGGUGAAACAUCAAGGCGCCGGAUAAGUGGUCGUCCCUCAUGGCCUCAAAAAAUGUCUGCAACCAUGGGUAAAUUUGCUAAAGUUUUAUUUAGUGAAAAGAACAAGAUACCCGGUACUUCAGGAAGUAUUCCGGGAAGGACGGGUGUAAUUAAAAUGUUUUGUGCUAACCCUACCGAAGUUGAUACUAUGGAUGGUUCUGAUGAUUCUGUACCAAUUGAAAAUUUAAAUAAUUUUACUGAAGAAGAUUUUCCUAUUCAUGUGGACGGAUUUUCUUAUGUUGAUGAGUCUCUUGAAGAAGAAUUCUAUGACACACACCGUCAAGAAGAUUUUGCCGCAGCUGAAACAAAUCUUCCUCCGAUACCAUCUACUUCAUUUCAAGAACAGGAAUCAAGCGAUAACGACAAGAAUUUGGAAGGACAAGAAAAUCGACAUAAUAGAUCUACACGUCGUAAUCUUAAAAUGUGGAGUUUAGGUCCAGUUUUAGAAGUAGACGAUGAUGAGGAAACUUCAAUUUCUCAAAUUUCACCACUUGAUGCUUCAUUAGUUUCAGAAUUAAGAAAGGAGGAAGAAGAAAUGGCCACAUCAUCUGAAACCAAGAAAACUGAAGACCCUCAAUCCGCACGUAAACGUCGUCGACUUGCUAAAGUUUUUGAAGUGGAAGAAGAGAGUGGUGGUGAAACAAAUUUUGUUAAGCCAUUACCAUCAGAGCCGUCUGGAGAUGAAAUGGACAUUGAUAUUGAGGAGGAAGAGGGGGAACAUGAUCAUUCCUCUCAUAGGCUUCGACGACUUCCUAAAGUACGUGAUUUACGAUCUGUUGUCACACUCAAAGAUAUUGAAGAAAAAUCGGGUAAGCGGAUUUCUUGGAGUACAUUUUCGUCACUUGGUACCUUAGGUAUUAAUGAUACUAGCACAGAAGCCAAAUUAUCAUAUACAUUAACACCAUCUUCAUCAAAAUUAAACCGCAAAGAAUCCGUCAAAUCCUCAGUGUUUGAAACUCAAGGAGAAAAAGGAAAAUCAAAGGAAGUUGAACGAGAGUCCUUUAAAGGAAAAGAUAAAUCAAUUAUAAAACCUUCGUCUUCUAGGCCAGUCUCCAAGAGUAGUAACGUUACUCCGAGGUCACCUAGAAAAAGCUCGGAAUCCUCAGUAAAACGUAUUGUAAUCACCGAACCUUCCUCAAAAAAGCUUACAGGUCAACAUGAUAUCACUACUGAACCUAGUAGCAGCAGUAGCCAGGCUCCAAUUAAGAACCUUUUUUAUACAAGAACUUCUUUAGAUAAACCUUUACCGCCACUUCCUUUUUCAGAUGAUCAAUCAAGAAAGCCCCCUUCAAUUUCUUCAACAUUAAAUUCUCAAUCACCAUAUAGGUCUUUCAUAUUAAACUAUCGGUCAGAAGUUAUCGCAAAACAAUUUUGUUUAAUUGAACGUGAUCUUUUACUGAAGGUUAAUUGGGAAGAAUUGGUUCAAGUUGGUUAUACGAGUAACGAUAAAGAUACGGAAAGUGUUCAAGAACUUGAAGAAGAGCAAGAAUUUCUUAAAGGGGAACCAAGGAAAAGGGUUCGGGAUAAUGGUGUUGAUAAAGUAAUUGAAAGAUUCAAUUUGUCAUGUGAUUGGGUCGCAACUGAAAUCGUACUUACUAGAUCUAUGGAAGAUCGAAUACGAGUAAUUGAAAAAUUUAUACGAAUUGCGCAGAAAUGCCUUCAAUUUUCAAAUUUUGCUACAUUAACACAAAUUCUUCUUGGAUUACAAUCUUCGCCCGUAGAAAGAUUGAGGAGAACAUGGACAAGAAUUAGAAAAGAAGAUUUACGUAUACUUAAAGAACUAAAUGAAUAUAUUUCACCUUUCGGUAAUUGGAAAGUAAUUAGAGAAGCUAUGAGACAAUCUAUCGAAGAUGCCACUAUAUUAAAAGCAUUGAUCAAACAAGGAAAAAGACGCGGCUCCGAUGUUCGUAAAAUUAAUACUGGAUGUAUUCCAUUUUUAGGAUUGUAUUUGUCGGAUUUGGUUUUCAAUGCAGCAGUACCAUCGUUUAUUGAUCCACCAUCACAACCUCCAACUCCAUCAUCACCGUCAUUUAAUGUACCAUCAUCACCUUUAUACCAUCAACAGCCGCUUAUUAAUUUUCAUAAACACCGUACAACAGCCACAAUAAUUAAAAGGAUAUUAACAUUUCAGAACUUAUCAAGAGAAUAUAGUUUUUACGUUGACAAAGAAAUCUAUGACAAAUGUUUUGGAUUAAAAGGGUUCGAAGCAACCAAAUUAGUUGUAAUGGAUUUAGAUGUUGAUGAUUUUGUUUAA